CAUCUCCAGGGCCAAGUUGUGUGUCUAUGAGGAGUGAUGGAUCCAUGAAACACCGAAACUUCAGUACCGGAUCAGUGACCAGAGAUGAUCAGACUGGACACUCACCGCAGGAUACACCCCAACCAGAUGAUCAACUACAGAAAGUCAAAGACCAGCACAAAACCAGCAUGAAGAACAAGUGUGAGAAAUUAUUUGAGGGAAUGAAACUCCAGGAGAAUGAAACCCUCCUGAACAGGAUCUACACACAGCUCUACAUCAUAGAAGGAGAGAGAGGAGGAGUGAAUGAAGAACAUGAGGUUUUACAGAUGGAGAAAACAGCCAGAACAAGACACUCACAAGACACUCCAAUCGACUGCAAUGACAUCUUUAAAGUCUCAUUUAAACCAGGAUGUGAGAAGAAAGACCAAAUCAAGACUGUUCUUACUAAAGGCAUCGCUGGAAUUGGAAAAACCGUCUCUGUGCAGAAGUUCAUUCUGGACUGGGCCGAGGGAAAAGCCAAUCAGGAUGUAGAUUUCAUGUUUGUGGUUCCAUUUCGAGAGCUGAACCUGAUCCAAGAUCAUCAGUACAGUCUUCACAGACUUCUGCUGGACUUUCAUCCUGAACUUCAAGAUCUGGACUCUAAGAUUUAUGAGGAGUGUAAAGUUGUGUUCAUCUUUGAUGGUCUGGAUGAAAGCAGAAUCACACUGAUGUUUUCAGAUGAUCAGAAAGUUUGUGAUGUGACUGAGAUUUCAUCAGUGGGUGUGUUGAUGUCAAACCUCAUGAAAGGAGAGCUGCUUCCCUCUGCUCUCAUCUGGAUCACCUCCAGACCAGCAGCAGCCAAUCAGAUCCCCUCCAAAUACAUCAACCGUCUGACAGAAAUUCAGGGAUUCAAUGAGUCUCAGAAGGAGGAAUAUUUCAGGAAGAGAAUCAGUGACCAGCAUCAAGCCAGCAGAAUCAUCUCACACAUCAGAAGAGCAAGAAGCCUCCAUAUCAUGUGCCACAUCCCCGUCUUCUGCUGGAUCUCAUCCACUGUGCUUCAGAAGCUCCUGAAAGAAGAUGUGAGUGCAGAAAUCCCUCAAACUCUGACUGAAAUGUACAUCCACUUCCUGCUGAUUCAGAUCAACAUGAGGAAUCAGAAGUAUGAAGAGAGACAUCCAGAGAAACUCCUGCAGUCCAACAGAGAAGUGAUUGUGAAACUUGCUGAAGUGGCUUUCAAACAGCUGAUGAAGGGCAAUGUGAUGUUCUACGAGGAGGACCUGAUUGAGAGUGGCAUAGACAUCACUGAUGCCUCAGUGCAUUCUGGGAUUUGCACUGAGAUCUUUAAGGAGGAGUCUGUGAUUCAUCAGAGGAAAGUCUACAGCUUCGUUCAUUUGAGUGUUCAGGAGUUCCUUGGUGCUUUCUAUGUGUUUUACUGCCAUCUUGGGAAGAAUAUGGAGCCAUUGCAGUGGUUUCAGAAUUUAAAUUAUGAAAGACACCGAUCUGAGAAAAUCUCUUUGUAUGAGCUACUAAAAUCAGCAGUUAAUAAAAUUCUUCAUAGUGAGAAUGGACGUCUGGAUCUGUUCCUGCGGUUCUUGCUGGGCAUCUCACUGCAGUCCAAUCAGAGACUCUUACAAAAUCUACUGACACACACAGAGAACAGCUCAGAGAGCAUCAGAAGAAUCACACAGCACAUUAAAGAUGAGAUCAAGAGAGAAGACUAUAACAUUAAAGUCUCCACUGAAAGAUCCAUCAAUUUGUUCCUCUGUCUGCUGGAAGUGAAAGAUCAGACUCUGUCCAGAGAGAUUCAGAAUUUUGUGAAAUCAGACAAACACUCAGAGAAGAAACUCUCUGCUGCUCACUGCUCAACCAUCACCUACAUGUUUCAGAUGUCAGAGGAGCCGCUGGAUGAGCUGGACCUUAUGAAAUACAACACAUCAGAUGAGGGUAGAAGAAGGCUGAUACCAGCUGUGAUCAACUGCAAAAAAGCUCUACUUGCUGGAUGUUGCCCUUUUGAUCAGCACAGUGAAACUGUAUGUUCAGCUCUCCAGUCAUCAAACUCCCAUCUGAAAGUGCUGAGCCUGUGUAUAAAUGACCUGAAGGAUUCAGGAGUGAAUCUGCUUUCCUAUGGACUGAAGAGUCUAAACUGUCAGCUGGAGAUACUAAGACUAUGUGGCUGUAAUCUCACUGCUCAGUCUUGUGAGAGUUUGUCAUCAGUCUUACAAUCCUCAGCCUCCCGUCUGAGAGAGCUGGACCUGAGUAACAAUGACUUGCAAGAUUCAGGAGUGAAGCUUAUUUCUGAUGGACUGAGGAGUCCAAACUGUCAGCUGGAGACACUAAGAUUUUCCAUAUGUAAUCUCACUGCUCUGUCUUGUGAGAGUUUGUCAUCAGUUUUACAAUCCUCAACCUCCCGUCUGAGAGAGCUGGACCUGAGUAGCAAUGACCUGCAAAAUUCAGGAGUAAAGCUUAUUUCUGAUGGACUAAAAAGUCCAAACUGUCAUCUGGAGAUAAUAAGGUUGUCAGGCUGUAUGGUGACAGAGGAAGGCUGUGGUUAUGUGGUAUCAGCUCUGAGUUUAAACCCCUCACACCUCAGAGAGCUGGAUCUGAGCUACAAUCACCCAGGAGAUUUAGGAGUCAAGCUACUCAACCACAAACUACAGGAUCCAAACUACACACUGGACAAACUCAAUGUGGAUCAUGGAGGAGAAUCCAGGAUUGCAGCAGGACUAAAGAAAUAUGCCUGUUUUCUCACGCUGGACCCAAACACAGCAAAUACUGAACUCAUUCUGUCUGAGGGGAAAAGAAAGGUGACACAUGUGGAAGAGAAACAGUCAUAUCCUGAUCACCCUGACAGAUUUGAUGAGUUUCAGCAGGUUCUGUGUAAAGAGAGUGUGUGUGGACGCUGUUACUGGGAGCUGGAGUGGAGUAGUGCUAAAUAUGUGUCUAUAUCAGUGUCAUAUAAGAGCAUCAGCAGGAAGGGAGAUGGUGAUGAGUGUUUUUUUGGAUAUAAUGAUCAGUCCUGGAGUCUGUACUGCACUCCAUCCAGUUACUCAUUCACACACAAUAACAUAUGGACUGAUCUCCCAGUAGAGUCCAUCAUCAGUAGAAUAGGAGUGAAUGAUAAUGAUGAUGAUUUGAUGGAUCACAGUGCAGGAACUCUGUCCUUCUACAGCGUCUCUGACACAAUGGACCUCAUCCACACAGUCCAGACCACAUUCACUCAGCCGCUCUAUCCUGGGUUUGGUGUUUGGUCUGGAUCAUUAGUGAAACUGUGUAAUGAAUCAGAAUAGACAGAUCAGAACACUUUGAGCUGCAUGAUAAAUCAGAAAUGGUGAGAUGUUAUACUGCAGGGCUGUUCAACAGGCGGCUCACCAAUCAUCUUCAUCCAGCCCAAGAGUGUACGGGCAGGUCGCACAUACGAAAAAGAACAGAAAGAGACAUAACAGCAACAAUCUCCCGGAGACCACAACAUCGAUAGACUCUGGGGGUUAACAAGCGCUUAUGUGAGGGAGUUAAGAGAUAAUCACAACUCUAGUUUAAACAACAAUAAAGACGUUUAUAAAGAAGUGUUAUCGGUCAAACGUCUGGUGAGAAAUAACACAGACGCUGGACAAAAAGGAAUAUCAAAUAGAGUAUAGUAUGAAAGUCUGAGCGUUUGGCCGUACACAUACAAUUAGUCAAAAUACAUGGUUUUAACCAGUCUUCAAUGAAUUCUAAAGCCCAAAAUGACUGUAAAGAGUUGAGAGAAAAUUUAAUGUGUGUCAGAUGCAUGCCGUGUUGCAUCACGCCGCUUGCGUCUGGUGUAGACAUGGUGUAACUUCUGUAGCUUAAAAAAAUAAUUUAUGUUCAAUUUAUAGCUUAUGUGAAGUUUUGUAAAAUAAUAUCUUUCAAUUACACUUUGAUGUUGAAUGACUAUAAUUAUUUUUAGGGGAAACUGCAUU